AUGGGGUUUUCACCAGUGACUCCUAUGGCAAUACUUCCAUGGUGUGCUUCCUUUUACUCAAUUUCGGGAAACAAAUUCCUCGACGAGAUAUGUGUUUGUAUUAUGUACGACCUCCUUCUGUGGUUGUUUAUCGAGGAUGUGAACCAUGCGGUUCUGGCCAUGGGGUAUGGAGUUGAAGACGGCGUACCAUACUGGCUCAUCAAGAACUCCUGGGGAGGAGAUUGGGGGGAGAGUGGUUACUUCAAGAUGGAAAUGGGGAAGAACAUGUGUGGUAAGUUAACUUCCUUACUGCACCUACUACCACGGCUGCACUGUUAUUCCAUUCAAUGUGUUGCCACAUGCGCUUCAUAUCCAAUUGUUGGAGGUGGAAGGGCUGCCUCCUUCAAUAUCAUUCCAAGCAGCACUGGAGCUGCUAAGGCUGUCAGCAAAGUGUUGCCUGCCUUGAACGGUAAGUUGACCGGAAUGGCAUUCAGGGUUCCCACUGUUGAUGUCUCGGUAGUUGACCUCACUGUCAGACUCAAGAAGAAGGCCACUUAUGAUGAAAUCAAGAAUGCAAUGAAGUAUGUUUUUCAUAUACCAGCAUGA